AUCCAUACCACCACCAUAACUUGAACGCACACCAGCGCGCGUGUGCCACUACUUCGUUGCGGUGUAAGCUAUAGCCAUGGCAGCGGCGGCGAUGAUGAUCACCGGCGCGCGGGCGUUCACGGUGGCCGCCCUCCUCUGCGCCGCCGCGGCGGCGGCGGCCAUGGCGCAGCAGGCGUCCAACGUCCGCGCCACGUACCACCUGUACAACCCACAGCAGAACAACUGGAACCUCAACGCCGUCAGCGCCUACUGCGCCACCUGGGACGCCGGCAAGCCGGCGUCGUGGCGGCAGCAGUACGGCUGGACCGCCUUCUGCGGGCCCUCGGGACCCACAGGCCAGGCCGCCUGUGGCCGAUGUAUCCGGGUGACGAACCGCGGGACGGGUGCGUCGACGACGGCGAGGAUCGUGGACCAGUGCAGCAAUGGCGGCCUCGACCUCGACUUCGAGACGGUGUUUAAGAAGAUCGACACCGACGGCCGCGGCUACCAGAUGGGUCACCUCGACGUCGACUACCAGUUCGUAGGCUGCUGAGAUCCGGCGGCGCGACAUGAGGAGCGUAUCAGAUCGAUCGAGAGGUGUGGUGUUGUGGAAUAAGAAUAAGAUGCAGCUGGAGGAUGCAAACUCUUACAAAAACAGUACUAAAUAAAUGAAACUUCACCAUAAAUAAUGUAUGUUUUUUAAUACAUAAAAAUACAUAACAGAUUCUUCAACUCGA